GAAAUACAGCCAGCGGAGCGAUAGGCCUUGCGGCCGUAUUCCUUCUGCGUUGUAAGCAACAGCAUGGGACGCGAAUCAAAAACCAGAGCUUGUUCCGGCGCGGGAGAGAAGGAUUCGCUUACUUCAAACCUGAUCCGAGGAAUUCACUGACUCACAGUGAAGCGCUGCUAUCCGUAUACUGGUAUGCACGAUGACCAGGCAAGCAGCAAGAGACAAGCUAUAAAGCUGGAAAUGUGCCGACCCUCGCUGUGCCCAUCAAGAGUACCUCGAAAUUUCUCAUCCACAAUGACUUCCACCACCACGAUGGCAUAUGAUAUCCACGUUGUCAGAAAGGCCAAAAUCAGCGAGCAUUCCACUAUCUCAAUCUCAUCUUCCUUACCUCCACUCCCAGAAAACAAGAUCCGAGCCAUACCACGAAUCGUCUCUCUCACCGCGAACAACUUAUCUUACGCCAAAGGCGGGCAUAUCAUGCACUGGUGGGACGCUUUUCCCCUUCCCAGCCAUCUACCUUCACCUCACAAUGACGCAACACAGUACGGGAUCGUACCAGUCUGGGGCUACGCAGAAAUCCUCGAAAGCAAGAUCGCAGAUGUGGUUCAAGGAAGCAUGAUCUGGGGUCUUUGGCCUUCAUAUAAUAUACCAGUGGAUCUUGAACUUCAGACUGCUUUUGAGUUGAAAGGCCAUUAUCUCGAUGUUAGUCGACAUAGAGACAAGCUGUGGAAGUUCUAUAAUCACUACGUCGUCGCGUCGGACAAAAUUAGGUAUCGAGAUCUUGACCAGAAGACUUUGGAACGAAUGGCUUGGGAGGCGAAUGUUCUACCUGCCGCUGGAUGGAUGUUGAGUCGGUUUGUUUUUGGGUCGUCGGCGCCUGUCGUACAUCCUAGUGGUUUAUUGGAAGGGUGGAGUGAGGAAGAUGCUGAUUUGUCCAAAGCGGUGGUGGUGAGUUUGAGUGCUAGUGGAAGGACUGCGAGGGCUUUUGCGCAUGCUUUGGCAAGAGAGAGGAGGGAGGACGCUUCUGGACCUCUUGGAUUUCUGGCUGUGUCUUCAUCCACAGAUGGGAGCUUUAUACCGGAAAUCGCCACAUUUCCAACGCAAGUUAUACAGUAUGCAGACUUGCAAUCGUCACAUGUAGGAGACUGGAUCGCGAAUUUGGCGCCGGACAAAAUCGUGGUACUGGACUUCGGAGGGCGAGGAGAUUCGCUGGAACAGCUACAGCACACAUUACAAGAGUGCCUUCCCGGGACCAAGGUCACCAUAAUCGGAAUCGGAGGAGAAGCAAAAGCACAAUCACCUGAAGAGAUCGCAGACGUGAUGCAGAGACGUGCGAAACUGACGAAUCGAAUGCAAAUGAAUACUGCGAGGAUUCAAGAGACUGCCAUCGCGAAGCUAGGCGCGGAAAAGUUCUUUGCGGAGAAAGAUGAGGCUUGCAAGGUCUUUCUGGAGCAUGGUGGGCUGAAGGGACUGAAGUUACAGUGGGGUAAAAGGUGUGAAAGGAGACAAUGGGAUUGAAGGAGGCUGGCGGAUGUUGUGUGCGGGAAAGGCUGGGAGUGUGGGAUUGGUGUACAGGCUUUGAUGAGAGGUGUGUUGUUUGCCUCUCUGGAAAUCCGGAGCUUCGAAAUUCACUCGUCCGAGCCCUCGCCGCCUUCGUCUACACGGGAAUGGCAGAAAACGGGUCCCGGAGUCGGAAAAAAUCGACCAAACAGCAAGGAUUUAUUCGAAAUCACGACACUUUCUAUGGUGCCGAGGCUCCUUUUUUGGACAUUCUGGCCAGCGAUGUUGGUGGAAACAAUCGAUCGAGGACUAGCCAGCCUCGCUAGGCUACGGACUAGCCUAGAUGUGGGCCUCGCCUGGAAAUCGAGUUCAGGAAUGUUUCUUACGAUCUCGUCCCGGAUCUGUGCGGCCACAUUCUAGAAGGGCAUCGUUUCUGCACACAUCGUGCGAUCAAGAUUCCCAUCCUUGAGGCCGGAGGUUGCGGCGCCUGUCGAGCUAUGGCAGAUGAGUAUUGACGAAGUGCGUGCGAUCUCUCCGAUGCUGCUUGAUCCCUGNUAUUGACGAAGUGCGUGCGAUCUCUCCGAUGCUGCUUGAUCCCUGCUAUUGACGAAUACCAUUUGUUCAACGAAUUUAUUAUUAGCUGUAGGAGCGGCUCGAAGAUCAAUAAUCAACAAGAACAUACUAU